AUGUGUGUUGACUAUACCGAUCUUAACCGGGCAUGCCCCAAGGACUGCUACCUGCUCCCCAGGGUGGAUCAAUUGGUCGACGCCACUGCAGGCCAUGAUCUCCUUACAUUUAUGAACGCAUUAUUCGGCUGCAACCAAAUCCAAAUGGUGACUCAGGAUCAAGAGGACACAGCCUUCGUCACCCAUAUAGGAGCAUAUUGUUACAAAGUAAUGCCCUUUGACCUGAAAAAUGUUGGCGUGACCUACCAAAGGAUGGUCAACAAACUUUUUAAACACCAGCUCGGGAGGAAUAUGGAAGUAUACGUAGAUGACAUGAUUGUAAAGAGCAAGGUUGCAACUACACACCUAACCGACCUGGCGGAGACAUUCCAGAUGCUCCAGUGA